AUGCGUGGGGACCAGGAACACAGCCAGACCCGUACCUGUAGCUCGCUGACUGAGACACGCCCCCGCAGAGGCCCCGAGAUCGAGCAUUGCAUUGCCGACGAAGGAACCGACCCAGCGGUUGAGAAUGACUGGUCCCUGCUGCCUUUCAUGGCCCUAUCGGACGGAGCGCACCUGUCGACUGAAGAGUUCUCGUACUUCACUCUUUGCCGAAAAGAAACCCCUACGAUCCCUGCGACGUCUCUUUUCGGGAUAGCUUGCUCCCGCCAGAUUGACGCGAGUCUACUCAUCAACCGCUCCGCUGAUGUGACACGUUCAACGGUACAGAAAGCCGUCGUGGUUGUCACGGAUACUCCGCAGCGAGUAGGCCAAUUACGCGAAAAGCUUUCUGUGGUGACAUCGGCGUGGUUUGCGCAACGGUACGUGGAUUCUUAUCCUCUAGGGGUGUAUCGUCGACUUUCACGGGCCGGUAAAUUCCGGGAAGGUUUGGUAAUUGCUCUCCAGAACGAUGAUAGCCCAACCGAUCAGAACUUGGGUAAGAAGACGAGCCGUUACGAUCGAUUUGAAUCUUCGCUGAAUUUUGAAGGCCUGUCGCUUCGGGAAAUGGUUCAUGAAUUUAAAUCCCAGACCUUGGUUCUGUUCAAGGCACUGUUGUUGCAGCCCAAGAUGCUCUUCUUUGGGACGCGUUGUGAACGCCUUUGCAUGAUUCAAUUCUCACUUAUAUCUUUAAUACCGGGUCUCAUUAACAGCCUGCAAGACUGCGCAGACCCUGCUUUCGACACAUACUCUAAAACCGUUGAGAAGCCAACCUCUCUUAAGACGAGCGACCGAAGCUCCUUGCUGGCAUACAUGGGUCUUCCGCUGCAAAUCUUCGGCAAAGGAAGCAUGUUUGGUCCCUAUACACCUCUCCAGCUGCUGGAUCUGCUGGCCGAUGAUGGGACCAAAUCUUAUGUUGUUGGCUCAACAAACUCCCUGCUCCUCCAGCAGAAAGAUCGCUAUAGUGACAUUCUAAUCAACCUCGACGAAGACAGCAUCGUUAUCAACACUCCAUCUCUUCGGAAUGCGCUGGCCCUUUCUGCGGCAGAUAGGCGCUGGAUCGAUCUCCUCACGCAGAUCGUCAACGAUACUUGGGAUGACGAUCACCCUUCUCAGCCUAAAACACUCGGCUUCAUGGGUUCGGAAGAGUUCAUCCGGCUGCAAUUUGAGGAAUACCUGCUGGCAUUGUUAUCCUCCAUGAAAUACCACGAGGAAUUGUGCUCGGUCAAUAACGGCGACUCUCCCACUCGCAGCAAGGCUCAGCUGCAAAACUUUAAUAUUGAAGGAGACCCGGCCAUCGACUUCAACACCGAAUUCCUGACCCAGUGGCAAGCAACCUCUAAUUAUGCACUGUUCUCGCGCCUUACCUCCGACGCACUCCUUUUCUCCAUCACGGAGCCACGGCACCCCAACGCCGGUGGCCUCACCAUGGAGGACGUCCAACGACGUAUCUCCCAGCAAGUCGCAGACCUCCAUCUGGACGACCGAGUACGUGAAGGCCGCGAGGCACUGGGCCGCCACUUCUCCACAGGCCAGAAGAAGGUCAGUGCGGCGUUCAACAGCUUCUGGUCUGAUAUCGAGACAAUGCGCGAAACCCAACGCAAACGCAACGAGGAAAAAGCAGCCACUCAGUCCCAGCGCACUUCCCUGGAAAAGGACACCCCUCUUUCACCGACCCCCUCCCAGGAUCCCAAUGAUAUCCGCCCCCGGGCUUCCAUAGACGUGACCCAAGCCCAAGCCUCCGUGGCCGCGGCCGGCCAAAAAGCAGGCGCGUAUUUCAGUUCAUGGGGAUCAUGGGCCAGCGAGAAGCGUCGCGAAUGGCAAGACAAGCGCAAUACCUCACCGAACCCGAACGCCAAUGCUCCUCCCAGUGUCACCACUUCACCAUCCGCCCCGGCGUUGACCGUCGUCACCGAAAUCGCAGACUCUGACCGCGGCCGUCGCCGCUCCAUCCAGCACCACAGCGAAGGAGAUGCCCCUCUUUCCCCCACCCCUUCCAUCGCCGAGGGUGGUCUAACCCGCAGUGUCAGCCGCAGAAAGCGAUGGAGCAAUAUCCUUCUGCGUCGCGAAAGCGGCGAAUUCCAACGUCGCGAUGAUGUCUCCACCGCCGAAUCCCAGGAUGUUCCGUACCCGAAAUCACCCUUGUCGCAGGGCUUCCCGGCCUACGAGGACGAGGGUAAACAGAGCAUAGACAGGGGACCUGGGAUCCCGGCUGGAAAGAGUUACCAGGAUACCGUUGACGCAGAUGGGUUUGCCUCUGUUGCUCUCACGCCGAAUGAGGGUCUAGGACUGAGCUUGGGAGAUGGCAAAGCGAAGGAGAAUGUUCUUCCUGGUCAGGCGGACCCUGAGGAAUUCAUUACGGCCCUUCCUGUCAAGGACGAUCGUUCAUCGCAGUGA